AUGAGACAGAGGCGAUCCCCGCACUGUCUUUAUAUCACUGCAGCAGCAACAGCAUUAGGAGCAGCAACAACAGCAGCAGAGGCAGCAGCAGCCUCAACACCAUCAUCAACAACAACAGCAGGAGCAGCAACAACAACAACAACAGCAGCAGCAAUAGCAGCAGCAACAGCAGCAGCAGCAGCAGCAGCAACAGCAGCAGCAGCAGCAGCAGCAGCAAGGCACAGAGGCGGGAUACCGCGCAGACAGCCUGUGGCUUCAAGGAUGUUUCGGCGGCGUUCAUCGUCAGACCUGAAGCUGGUGCCGUUGGGGGGGGGAGGAGACACGCGGGGAUCGUUCGAUCCCGUGCUGGUGAACUUGUUGUCUUCUGGGCUGCAUGCGGGAGCAGCAGCAGAAGCAGCAGAAGCAGCAGAAGCAGCAGCAGCACAACUCUCCUGCUCUUCUCGCUGUCCUCUCUAUACUUCUGCUGCUGCAGCUGCUGCUGCUGCUGCUGCUGCUGCUGCUGCUGCACACACACUACAUACACACACACACUUCCUUGAUACGCAGCAAGAGCAGCAGCAGCAAGAGCAGCAGCAGCAAGAGCAGCAGGAAGAGCAGCAGCAGCACGAGCAGCAGCAGCAGCAGCAGCAGAGAGAGGAGCAGCAGCAGCAGCAGCAGCAACACGAUGUAUAUGAUGUUUCCUCUACGCUGCUGCUGCUGCAGCAGGAGCAGCACAGCAUCAAGCGGCGCACAGGCAUUCUCCAUGGCUUGCAUCAGCCUCACCACCACCAGCUGCUGCUGCAGCAGCAGCUGCAGCAGCAGCAGCAGCAGCAGCAGCAGCACUUGUAUGCACACCAGACAGAGGAGGAGCUGCAGUGUCGUCUUGCUCUGAACUGCUGCAGAGCAGCAGCACACACCCCGGCUGCUGCUGCUGCUCUGAGCAGCUGCAGCAGCAGCAGCAGCAGCAGCAGCAGCAGCAGCAGCAGCAUCGAAGACAUCAUACAACCUCAUCCGUAUGCUGGGAGGUCCUGCUUAGCAGCAGCAGCAGCAGCAGCAAGUGCACAUGCAGAUGCAGCAGCAGAACCACCAACGGCAGAUGCAGCAGCAGCAGAAGCUGCAGCAGCAGCCAUUGUGGAGAAUGCGCCCUUCAGUCUAGGGAGCGGAGACAGCAUUGUCUGUGUGGAUCAGCGCGGGGACAGCAGCUCAGAGGAGGAGACAGACGAGGAGACAGGAGACAUGCAGCAGCAGCAGCAGCAGCAACAGCAGCAGCAGCAGCAGCAGCAACAGCAGCAGCAGCAGCAGCAGCUGCUGCCGCUCAACGCCAUCAGCCUCUUCAAUACACCUGCUGUCUCUGCUGCUGCAGAAGGAGCACCGCCACUCAGACCCUACGACCUCCCGCUGCAGCAGCAGCAGCAGCAGCAGCAGCAGCCGAAGCAGCAGCAGCAGCAGCAGCAGCAGACGUUCCCGCAUGGGUUACAGCCGCUGCUGCUCCCUCAACGCCAAGACACAGCCACCUCCCUGCAGCAGCAGCAGCAGCAGCAACAGCAGCAGCAGCAGCAACGGAUUAUCAGUCUCUUGGCAGAUGCAGUUACAGACCAGGAGCUGCAGCAGCAGCAGCAGCUGCUGCUGCAGCAGCAGCAGCUGCUGCUGUCCUCCGCCAUACUGAGGAUCGAACAAGGCCAGUGGAAUAUGCAAAACAUUACGAAGCAGCUGCAGCAGCAGCAGCAGAAGCAGCUGCAGCAGCAGCAGCAGAGCUGUCCGUUCCGGGGGGGGAUUUCUCCACAUGCAGCACUGCAGCAGCAGCAACAUGAACUGCAGCAGCUGCAGCAGCGGCUGCAGCAGCAGAUCCAGCAGCAGGAGCAGCAUCUGCAGCAAAACUUCUUACAUCGUCAGCAUGCUGCUGGCAUGCAUUCUGUUCUGCAGCAGCAGCAGCAGCUCCAGCUGCAGCUGCAGCAGCAGCAGCAACUGCUGCAGCACCAGCUGCAGCAGCAGCAGCAACUGCUGCAGCAUGUCCUUCAUACACAAUACCCAGCGAAGCAGCAGCAAAUAACAAACCCGCAGAUAGACUGCUGCGACGUGCAGCAGCAAGCGGACUGUGCGUUGCUGCAGCGGCGACAGCAGCAACAGCGACAGCAGCAGCAGCAGCAGCAGCAGCAGCGACAGCAGCAGCAGCAGCAACAGCAGCCUAUUUGGUGCUCCUUGUUGCAGUCUCAAGGAGCGGCCUCGCCCCUAGGGCUGCUGCAGCUGCAGCAGCAACGGCAGCAUUUGCUGCUGGACUCGCAGCAGCGCACUGGGGAGCUGCAGCACGACAGGUGCUCUCUACCGCAGCAGCAGCAGCAGCAGCAGCAGCAGCAGCAACAGCAAGAGGAGCUGCUGCCCCUAAAGCAACCGCUAGGCUCUGCUGCAUCUCUAUCAACCUCUCUAAAGUCUGUGAACCCGAGCCAGCAGCAGCAGCAGCAGCAGCAGCAGCAGCAGCAGCAGCAACAGGAGCAGGAGCAUUCUCAGCCUCAGCCCGAGCUGUGGCAGCAGCACCAGCAGCAGCCGCAGCAACAGCAACCGCAGCAGCAGCAGCAGCAGCAGCAGCAGCAGCAGCAGCUGCUGCGCCGCAAGUCGCUGCGGCGGCGAGAAGAUUCGGCUGUCUCCGCGGGGGUGUCUCCGUUGACGGGGCGAAGCGCCAGGCGCCCCCACAGACACAGGAAAACACGAGGUGCAGCAGCAGCAGCAGCAGCAGCAGCAGCAGCAACAGCAGUAGCAGCAGCAGUAGCAGCAGCAGCAGCAGCAGUAGCAGCAGCAGCAGCAGCAGCAGUAGCAGUAGGAGGAGCAUUAGGAGCAUUAGCAGUAGCAGUACGAAAAGCAACAGCAGUAGCUGCAGCAAUAGCAGCAGCAGCAGCAGCAGCAGCAGUAGCAACAGCAAAGCCAGCAGCAACAGCAUAUCAGCAGCAGCAGCAGCAGCAAUAG